AUGGAUGCCAAGGAAAUAAAGUCCACCAUAUCGAACCUUGAAAAAUCUGUAGAUGAUAUAACAAUAUUGAAGCUACUCAAUAUUUUAAACGAUGAGGUUGUACCCACUGAAAAGUUGUUGAGGGAGACAAAGGUUGGUGUCGUAGUCAACAAGUACAGAAGUCAUGACAACAAGGAUAUAUCAACCUUAGUGAAGAAAAUGAUUAGGGGAUGGAGGGAAGCAGUGCAAAAUGAAAAGAAUAGCAAAAAGAAGCCCUCGGCUGGCUCGCCCGAAUCAACACCAGCAUCUUCGGGAUCCCCUGCAUCCACAACACUAAAUGCAGACAAGUCAGGAGCCAGUGCAGCUAACGGGAGAACAUUUAGUGGACCAAGAAAUGCGAAAUCCGAUGGGGUAAACACUACAUUAUACGAUAAUCCCACUCGUAACGCAUCUGUUGGAGCGUUAUACUCUUCCUUGGCUGUCGAGAGGGACGACUCUCCUCAACACAUCAUUACAAUAGCCUCUGAGAUAGAAAGUGAGGUGUUCAAAAGUGAGUACCUGAAAGUCAACGACGCUUACAGAAACAAGUUAAGAAGUUUCACCAUGAAUCUUCGAAAUAAAAAAAACCCAGAAUUGAGGGAACGUGUUUUAUCAAAACAAAUUACGGCUUCUCAAUUCAUCAAGAUGACACCCAAUGAAAUGGCUCCUGAAGCAUUGAAGAAAGAGAUUGAAAAGUUGCAUAAGCAAAACCUCUUUGACGCACAAGGUGCCACUGAAAAGAGAGCAGUUACUGAUAGAUUUACAUGUGGUAAAUGUAAGCAUAAAAAGGUGAGUUAUUAUCAAAUGCAAACCAGAUCUGCGGACGAGCCUUUAACAACAUUCUGCACAUGUGAAAACUGUGGAAAUAGAUGGAAAUUUUCGUAA